GCCCUCUUGCUUCGUUGCUGUUGCCACUUUGUUCUGUGGUCAGCUGCAGCAUUUCUGCUUGUGCUCCUCAGUCUUGGCUGCUGGUGUAGUGGGUUUUGGUUGGCUACUGAGUUACGCUCUGGAAAUGUUUAAAUACUCACGAACUGAACUUAAACACCUCGACUGCCAUGCGCGCUUGGAUUCCGCGUCAUAUCGUCUCUGCCGGACACGUUUCUCGACGUCCACGUUACAUCCACCGCUCAAAAAGAGGACCGUCGUUUGGUUUUGGCUGUGAUGGCUCUGAUGCGCGGAUCCAGACUAUAUGGACAUAUAAUCGUGCUCGCCAGCGUGACACUAAAGCCAUCCGUGGAGUAAAUCAUGGCCAUCUCCGUCCACUUUCAAAACUGGUUGAACUUUCUUUUCCCAGCCGUCGUUGCUUUAAACUCGCCCAUCUUAACGCACGAUCCAUGACCAAUAAAGCCUCGUUAAUCAACGACCUCAUCACCCAGAAAAACGUGGAUAUGUUUUUUUUUCGGAAACCUGGCAACAACCCGGUGACUACUUACAUUUAAAGAGGCUGACGCCCGUCGGCAAAGAGCCAAGACAUUUGCAUCAAGUCAGAUACUACAAUGAUGAUUCCUUCCUUAAUGUGGCAGUUGUUUUCAACACCACCCCACUCCCUGCUCAUAGUUAUAAAGAAGCAUUCCGUGUUUUUACAUGAUUACACAAUUGCAUAAAGACAGAUGGUAUGAUCAUGGCAAUUGAGCAAUAAUCUACAUUAUGGCCAGAUAUAACAGCCGGGACUAGACAAAGGCUCUGAUAUCCUAAUCUGAGCACAAUGGACCUGAAGGAAUACUUCAAAAGGAUUGGCUUCACUGGUCUGUAUGACAAAGCUGACCUGCCCACUCUGGUCACCAUACACAAGCUGCAUGUGAUGACUGUUCCCUUCGAGAACUUCAGUAUCCACUGUGGAGAGAAGAUCACUCUGGACCUGAAGGUCAUCUAUAAGAAGAUUGUGCUUGACCAUCGUGGAGGUUGGUGCUUUGAGAACAACCUGCUCUUCUCCUGGGUGCUGAGAGAGAUGGGCUACAAAUUCACCAUGCUGGGCACCAAGGACUGCAACCUCAAAAACGACUCCAAUCCCAUGGAUACACAUCUGAUUAACCUGGUUGAGAUUGAUGGUGAGUCUUAUAUUGCUGAUGUGAGUUUUGGGGUGUCGUGCCAAAUGUGGGAGCCAUUAGAGCUGAUCGCUGGUAAAGACCAAACUCAGCCCCCAGGGGUGUUCCGUCUACUGAAUGAUGGUGAGAUGUGGACCCUGGAGAAGACAGGGAGGAAGCCACUGAUCCAGAAUGAGGCCUUUGCCAACUGCGGCCUCUUAAAAAAGCCCCUGACACAACCCAUGUUCAGCUUUUGUUUAACACCACGUGAUGUUGACCAUUUUCAGGAGGCCUCUGAGUAUCUCCAGACAAAUUGUGAGUCUUUGUUCACCCGUAAGUCCAUCUGUUCCCUUCAGACACCCACUGGCUUCAGAGCUCUGAUUGGUUGUAACUACAGUGAGGUUGCAUAUAAUCCUCAAGAAGACGUAGACCUCUAUGAUAUGAGGGAAAUACCAGACAGUGAGAUAGAGACUGUACUGAAGGAAAAGUUUAAGAUUACAUUAGGUAGUAAACUGACACCUGUAAACAAUUAAAAUGUAUGAAAUUAAAUACAAGGUUAACCUCUAACUGAAAAUCUAGCUUAAAUCUAAAUCAAAAUCAUAAUCAAAUUGUAGUAAUUGUCACAAUGCAAUGAAAACCAAGACAGGUGACUGUUAUUAAUUUACCAUCACAAAUGAACAUCCACUGAUGAUCACUCCUCAAGAAGGUGGGUGGUGUAUUGAUAAAAGAAUCUGACAUAGUACGAUUUUAAGUGUAUUUAAACCAGUGAUGUGUUCUUUAAUAGAUAUGGCACUAAUCUGAUACAGUGUUGAUAUUAGGUUUAUAUAAUACCAGUAAAAAAGAACAACUGCAAUGUGUUCCAGUAAUAAAUUUAAUAAACCAAUAUCAGAAAAUAGAUUGUGGUACAACAUAUCAUGAAGCAAAAUAAAGUAGGUCUAUUAUUAAAUGAAUAGUUUUCAAAUAUCCCAACUUUUAUCCUGUGUCAUUCAUGCAAAACACAAUUCUUUCUUAGCAUGCCUAGUGCUUAUGUGUUUCCUCAACCUACCACAACCUGUACCAACAAAACAAAAACAUCUUACAGUAAAUUCAUUAACUUUUUUUUUUUCCAUGUCGUUAUGAACAUAAGCAAGUUGUGCAAAUGGCAGUAUUUAAUCUUUGUUAUUAGCCUUUAAGCCUGUUCCAACUAGUACUCUAGCCUUGUGUUCCUCCUCCACCGUACCACUGUGAAUAUACAGGGCAAAAGAUCUCAAGGUUUAACAGCAUGCAUUUGGGAUAGACUGGUGAUGUUCAGACUAUGCAAAAUAUACCAUGCCAGGUUUUACAUUAGAUUUAAAAGCAUGUAUGUUGCUUUUAGUUGAAGUAUGUUUUGAGGCAUGACCUUUGGUAACUCCAUAAACAUAACCAUGACCUUAGUAAUCCUUAAUGAAUCAUAUUGAAAAAAGAUAAAUCUGGAGAAAUAUAGGGCCCUGGUAAUCUGAGACAUUGGUAGCAAAGGACCCUUCCGUUUAGAACAAAACAAGUUUUAAAUAUUUAAUUAUAAAAUGGAUUCAGUACAGAAAUUUGUUUGGCUAAAUUGAAUUUGAAUACACACCUAUUGCCCCAAAACAACUAAAUUCUGUAUUACUGUGCCACAUCAUUAAAAAUCCUUAUAUUGUUAAUGGGAUAGUUUUGACUGUUAGGCUCCUCGCAUGGGUGAGUGUACUGAUAAAAUAAGAACCUGGUUUUGUUUAAACGGAGGGGUUGACAAUUAAGCUUUCACAGGCUCUGACUUAAGGUACUUGCUACAUGACUCACUAGAAAAAUGCAAGUAAACAAUGUGUCACUUGAAUGUCUUACAUGCUUCAAAUAUCCGUGUUUUAGUUCUGCCUUAAGUCGCAUUAAACCUAGGCUGAAGCUAAAAUUUAGCCUUCCUCCCAACUAUAUAACGCACUAUUGUAAGUUAUGAAACUUCUACACCCAGUGCACCAUUUGUCUAGUACUGAAUGAUACACACAUGAAUAUGGCAGCAUAUUCUGAUUUUGAAGGAUAAGCAGCUUAGAAAAUGGGUGUAUGUGUAUGCGUUGUUAUAGCAUUUCAGUUUAUAAUAUGGAGCUAGCAAUAGCAUCUGCUGCUAGUAACAUUUUAGCACUCGCUAACCAGCCUGAGGAUAGUUCUGUCCAGAAUGAUUUUCAUGUGGAAGUAAUCCUUGACCGACUAGAAGAGCUUGUGAGUGUCAUGAACAACAUUAGGGACAUUCUUACUGGCGUUGGACAAAGACUUACAGUACUGUUGGAGGAACAUUGGUUCUGAAUAUUUAGUGCUCUUACUGCUUUUACACACAUAUUACUAAUAGUCAGGGGCUAUUAAUGAACUGGGUGUCCUGACUUUCCAAAAUCAUCUUAUUGUUAAAGGUGGAGUCAGUGAUUAUGAAGAAAGAUUGCUAAUAGUUGAACACAACAGUAAAGCAAAUAGCUGCACCUCUCCGUUCAGUGCACCUUCAGAUGCUCUACCAUCCAAAUUCAUGGACACACAAGGUGAACAACACUGAGCUAGCAAACAUUUUUUUAGGUCUUUGUGGCCAUGGAACCCUUCAAAAACACAGUAUGAACAGUUACCAUAAUUUGAUAUUAGAGCAAACAACAGAACAGAGAGUAAUGUAACUAACAUUAGCUAGGUUGAGGGAUAACAAACUGCUGCUACAAUUGCUGCUGUGAAGUUGACUCGUUGGGAUUAGCUAUAACUAACUUUAGCAAAUGGGACAAAACAAUACUGACCUAUUAGUUCUGUGAAACUUUCUGUGAAAGUUACCUAUCCUCAUCCCAAUAGCAAUCCUCCUCAUCCCAUAUCAGUCAGCUUCUUUUUCUCCAGUUUCUUGUUCAGAUUUUUUAAUUCCACUUUAAAUGGUGCUGCAGUUACAUUCUGGCACAGGUGAUGUUAUUAUGACAUUUUGUUUUUGUAAUCCUGAAAUGAAGAGUGUCAGGAUGCAAGAAAGCAAUUGAAUGGUAGCUGAUACAAUGUAACAUGAUUACAGUUAAUGUUCAGGUAGUGGGUCUGAUUUAUCAGCCACCAUAUGGUUUGGAGUCUACAAUCUAGUUUACCAAAGAACGGCCUUGAAUUGAUUGUGCACAUGCAUUGACCACAUGUGACAGUGCUGAAUGACCCACAUAGAAACAGCUGAAGGCUAAUGUAACUAUUAAAGCUAGCUGCAUUAGAGUAGUGAAACUACAACUAUUGCUCUUCAAAAAAAAAAAUUAUGUUUAUCUUAUGGCCUGUUCAAUGGCCAGGCCUUUGUGCCUGAAAGUGUCCAUUUGAGUGGAGUAAACAAAUACAUUCAGUAUACUUUAAAUAAUUUUGCAAUUGAAUGUUAAUGUGUUUUCACUAAAAUGCCCUGAAUGUAAAACAAAUUUAAAAGUAAACAUGAAACUGCAAAAAAGCUGUAUAUUUUAAUAUAUUAGUCUACUUAAACUAUAUUCAGGAUCAUCCAAGAAUAUUCUGUUACUUCAUACUUAACUCUUUACCUACUGAAUUUUAGUAUUUUAGUACACUUAUAUGGUUAUAUGCUAUAUUUCAGAAAAAUAUAUAAUGUGCUUAUUUUACAAUAAAACUAUACUUGUUUUAACUAUAAAACUAUAAAGUGUCUCCUUGGAGCAUGUUUUAGUGUGUGUUUAAAAUGCAUUUCAAUUAAAUAUGCUUAGAAAAACACAUGCUACUUUUGUUUUGAAAUAGUGCUUCAUCAAAUUUUGCAUACAAUGAACUGUGCUUUAUGCUUAAACUAAACUUUCACAAAAAAGACCAUUUGUUGCUGUGUUAAAUAUGCCUUAUAUUUGAAAAAGAGUAUGUAUUUCUGCAUUAAACCUGUGUGUCAAUAAAGUAUACUACAAAAAGUUUA